AUGGGGAUGAGGGUAUUAACAGGCCAAACACUGACGCCUGGAAUUCAUUCUCUCUUCCUCCCCCACCCCCAGGGCCCCUAGAAGCCUGUUUCUCAGUGCUGCCCAGGACCUCCAGCCCCAUGGAGCCCCCGAUCCCACAGACCGCCCCCUUGACUCCCAGCUCAGUCAUGGUCCAGCCCCUUCUGGACAGCCGCGUGCCCCACAGCCGGCUCCAACACCCACUCACCAUCCUCCCCAUCGACCAGAUGAAGACCAGCCACGUGGAGAACGACUACAUAGACAACCCUGGCCUGGCGCCCCCCACCGGCCCCAAGCGGACCCGGGGCGGGGCCCCGGAGCUGGCCUCCACGCCUGCCCGCUGUGACCAGGACGUCACCCACCACUGGAUCUCCUUCAGUGGCCGCCCCAGCUCCGUGAGCAGCAGCAGCAGCACGUCCUCCGACCAGCGGCUCUUGGACCACAUGGCGCCACCCCCCGUGGCUGACCAGGCCUCCCCGAGGGCUGUGCGCAUCCAGCCCAAGGCCAUCCACUGCAAGCCGCUGGACCUCAAGGGCCCGGCGGCGCCUCCCGAGCUGGACAAGCACUUCCUGCUGUGCGAGGCCUGCGGGAAGUGCAAGUGCAAGGAGUGCGCGGCACCCCGGACGUUGCCCUCGUGCUGGGUCUGCAACCAGGAGUGCCUGUGCUCCGCCCAGACCCUGGUCAACUACGGCACCUGCAUGUGCCUGGUGCAGGGGGUCUUCUACCACUGCACCAACGAGGACGAUGAGGGCUCCUGCGCCGACCACCCCUGCUCCUGCUCCCGCUCAAACUGCUGCGCCCGCUGGUCCUUCAUGGGCGCCCUCUCCCUGGUGCUGCCCUGCCUGCUCUGCUACCUGCCCGCCACCGGCUGCGUGAAGCUGGCCCAGCGCGGCUACGACCGCCUGCGCCGCCCCGGCUGCCGCUGCAAGCACACGAACAGCGUCAUCUGCAAGGCGGCCGCUGGCGACGCCCAGGCCAGCAGACCCGACAAGCCUUUCUGA